UUGGCUGAUAUGGGUAUGGUUUUGUUCUUCUGGAUUCAUGGUAGUGUGGCAAAGUCAAACGCAUACAGAAAUUUCUCACAAUCUCUCUCUAAAAAAGGGAUAAAAUGUAAUACUAAUAUCUCACCAAGGUUUGCAGGAAGUCAGGAACUCACUGGAGAGCAGGCAGUUGAAGGUAUCUUCAUUGUGCCCCUCGCUACCCUCAACUUUCAGCAAAGAGUGUCAAUAGCUCAUUCUUUGUUUCCUUGCAGGCUUGUUUUCAUCUACAAGCUUUAAAAAUUUAAUCUCUUACUUGUAUACAUCACAGAUUAUAAAGCUGAAGCAGACUUGUCAUCUUAGUAUUUUCCAGCCUUUUCUUGCUUUUGUUCUUCUUGUUUUAGAAUCUUGCCAUGGAAUUCUAACAAGAACAAGAAAUAGAGUGGUUCCGUGUUUCCGGAAUGAGAUAUUACUGUUCUUUUCUUCUGGCUCCUGUCAUAGUUGCCUGUUUCUCCUCCUGUAUAACAACCACUACCCUGGCUGACCCUCGAGCAACGGUGGUUCGUGAGUUCUGCAACAAAACCAAAGAUGACGGUCCUGGGGCAGUUUGGGCCAACAACUUUGUGGUCGCCUUCGACAACCUGAACUCAGAUCUCGAGCAAAAGGGAUGGGGGGUAACUUCCGUUGGGCAAGAUCCUAUUACCUUCUAUGCGCUCGUGCAAUGUCUGGAAGAUCUUAGCAAGGUUGACUGCACGCUGUGCUACUCAGAAAUAAGGUCUCUUCUCCCGAAAUGCUAUCCGGAAAUUGGAGGCCGGAUAUAUCUUGAUGGCUGCUUCAUGAGGUAUGCAAAUUACUCUUUCUUCGAUGAGGUCAUGGACUCGUUGGAUACAAGUGUGUGCUCCUCCAGUAACCGCAGCUCAGACCAGCAGGGCUUUGGUUCAGCUGUGAAUGCUGUGUUGAGUAAUGUGACUUCCUUGGCUGUCAAGAGCAACAAAGGUUUUGCUGUUACUUCAGCUUUCAGAUCAACAAAAUUUGCAGCUUAUGCACUUGCUCAGUGCUGGGAGAACCUGAACACUUCGAGCUGUGCAGCCUGUCUCAGUGCAGCUGCAGCAUCGGUGGCUAAAUGUGCACCGGCAGUGGAAGGCCGUGCACUCUUUGCUGGCUGCUUCAUCAGAUAUUCGACAACGCCUUUCUGGAACUCUGAGGAUUCUGCAUCAAGCUUCAGCUCAAAGAAAAGGGUUGUUCUUUGGACAGUCCUGAGUUCCUCUGUUGGUCUCAUUCUUGUACUUAUCGUUUCAGUACUGGCAUGGAAGAAGAAGAAAGCUUGCAAGGCAGGAGAGGGAUCAUUGAGGGGCUUGUAUGGCUCUGAACUACCUGCAAGAAUUUCCAUAUCAAGUCUGAAUUACAGUUAUAAGGAUUUAAAGAAAGCGACAUGUUCAUUCAGUGUAGAGAACAAGAUAGGCCAAGGCAGCAAUGGUACUGUGUACAAGGCUGUUCUUCCUGGUGGGAAUGAAGUCGCUGCAAAGAGACUGUUCCUGAACACAAAACAGUGUGUCGAUCAGUUCUUCAAUGAAGUUGAUGUGAUAAGCCAAGUGCGUCACAAAAAUUUGGUGAAAUUGCUUGGAUGCAGUGUCGAUGGCCCGGAAAGCUUCUUGAUAUAUGAAUAUCACUUCAACAAGAGCUUAGAUCUGUUCAUAUACGCUGAUGACCAGAACAGGCAUCUGGAUUGGCAGCAAAGAUUCGAUAUUAUUUUUGGCAUAGCAGAGGGCCUAUGCUACCUCCAUGUAGAGUCGGAAACUCGGAUCAUUCACAGGGACAUCAAAGCCAGCAAUGUCCUGUUGGAUCAAAAGCUGAAGCCGAAGAUAACUGACUUUGGGCUUGCUCGAGUCCUAUGCGCUGACAGAACUCAUCUUACGACAGGAGUUGCAGGGACAGUUGGUUAUAUGGCUCCUGAGUAUGUCGUACAUGGACACCUCACCGAGAAGGCCGAUGUGUACAGCUUCGGCGUGCUGGUUAUCGAGAUCGUCACCGGGAAGCGGUGCUGUGGGUCGACGGGGUCUCACUCUGGUCACUCACUUUUAGCAGAGGUUUGGCAUAGCUACAAGACCAGCACAGUGGAGAAAAUCGUUGACGCGAGGCUGCAGCAGGAGGUUCGUCCGUUCGACUUCGAGGAGAUCACGCGCGUCGUGCAGAUCGGGCUGCUGUGCACACAGGCAAACCCUGACGAGCGGCCGGCCAUGUCGAGAGUGGUGGAGCUGCUGAGGGACAGGGACGGAGCGCGUGGCGACGCGGAGUUCGUCCUGGGCGACCCCCCGUUUUUCGAGGUCGAGAUCGACGUCGGGGGAGGCGUCGACGGCGAAGCAUGCAAGCUGCUGCCCUGAAACUCGACCUGCUUGACAAAUUCUGAGUUCAGAGGUCCAUGAUUUAUCGGACCUGGUGUCUUUUUAAGGUGUUCUGAAUCUGAUAUCAGACAUUUUCCAAUCUGAUGUGGUGCAAUCACGUUGAAUUUGGUGCCUGUGCGGUGCCUCUCUCAUGUAAAGGUGCCCACUUUAAGGGUCACUUUGAAACCAGGAAUUUUACAGCAGUUAGCUCAUUUUCAUAUAAAAAACAGAAAAUAAAAAAAAA